CCAGACAAUUCAAACCGCACCGGGGAGGGCUCCACGCUCCCUCACACCCACGCCGCGCUGCUUCCGGAUUCGACUCGUUCCAAUCCCCCACCGGUCCAAAAUCGCACCCAGAAAGGCCUCGAAUCCGAAUCCACCCGUCGCGAUUCAAACCAGGCCACCCCCCGCUUCUCUCUCCCCUCCCCUCCUCCCCCUGCUCGCGCAGCGCGGCGCCGCCGCCGCCGACUCCUCCUCGCCGGGGCCGCGGGAGCGGCGGGCGAUGGAAACCCUAAUGGUGGACCGCGUCCACAGCAGCCUCCGCCUCUUCAUGAACCGCAACGCCGUCUUCCUCUGCGAGCGCCUCUGCGCCCAGUUCCCCGCCGAGACCAAUGUGCAGUUGCUAGCGACUUGCUACCUUCACAACAACCAGCCCUAUGCUGCAUACCACAUUUUGAAAGGUAAGAAGCUGCCGGAGUCUCGAUACUUGUUUGCUAUAUCAUGCUUUCGAAUGAACCUACUGCGGGAAGCUGAAGAAACUCUGUGUCCAGUCAAUGAACCAAAUGUUGAGGUUCCAAGUGGUGCGACAGGACAUUACCUUCUUGGACUAAUUUACAGGUACACUGGCAGAGUGGCAGCUGCAGCCGAGCAAUUCACACAAGCUUUGACUCUAGAUCCUCUUUUGUGGGCGGCAUAUGAGGAAUUGUGUAUACUAGGAGUUGCUGAAAAUGCAAAUGAAUGUUUUACGGAAGCAACUGCCCUACGUCUCCAGCAGGAACAAACAUCUACAUCAAAUCUGGAGAAGUCAAACUUUGUCAAUGAAAAUCGAGUUCUAUCUCCCAAUGUAUCAGCAAGCCUUGUGGAUAUCAGCCCUAAGCACAUAAAACAAUUGCCUGCUAACAACGCAGCUGAAGUGCCUGGUUAUCCUCAUCUAAGAGCAACCGCAUUGCAUGUGCAGAACAGUGUACAAUCUAAUGUAGGACAGUUUGACAGUCCAUCACCAACUGUAACACAGACUUCUGGCAUCGUUCCACCACCACUCUUUAGGAAUCUCCAUGCCUAUCAGAAUACAACAAGUGGUGAUGCUCCGGCCAAACCAAAGGUUAAUGCAGUGAACCAACCACCUAGAAGAAAAUACUUGGAUGAAGCAAGGCUGAAGAAGGUGACUGGAAGACUCUUUAAUCCGAGUGGUGAUUCAGUACCUCGAAGAAGUGCAAGACUAUCUAGGGAUACUCCAAUAAAUUCGAAUUCCAAUAUAUCUCAGUUUGGAGGAAAUGGAUCAGAUCACUCGUCAGGUAAAUUGCGAGUAAACUCGUCCACAUCAUCAAAAUUGUGUUCGACAGCCAUACGUUCUGUGCAAGUUAGGAAAGGAAAGCCACGGGCUACAGAAAAUUUUGAUGAAGGAAGCAGGUAUGAAGCUGUUGAUGAGAUGUGGACAGAUAAUAUAGCAGCAACUUCAUCUUCUUUAAGUAUAGCUGAAGGAAGGUACUUUGAGCAAGAUAAAGCUGAGCGAACCCUGUCACAAGACUCCAAAAUGGCGACUGGUAUCAGGGAGCUAUUGGGACUUUUGCGGACACUUGGGGAAGGCUAUAGGCUAUCUUGCUUGUUUAAGUGCCAGGAAGCACUGGAAAUCUACAGGAAACUCCCAGAGCCACAAUUUAAUACGGGAUGGGUCUUAUGCCAGGUUGGGAAGGCAUAUUUUGAAUUGGUCGAUUAUUUAGAAGCUGAUCAUUUCUUUGAGUUAGCGCAUCGAUUAUCACCGUGCACGUUGGAGGGAAUGGACAUAUACUCUACUGUUCUUUAUCAUUUGAAUGAGGAAAUGAGGCUAAGUUACCUUGCUCAGGAGCUUAUUUCUGUUGAUCGACUAUCUCCUCAAGCAUGGUGUGCAGUGGGAAAUUGCUUUGCCUUGCGGAAAGAUCAUGAGACUGCUUUAAAGAACUUCCAGCGUGCUGUACAGCUUGACUCAAGAGUAGCAUAUGCUCACACUCUAUGCGGUCACGAAUAUUCUGCAUUGGAGGAUUACGAGAACAGUGUUAAAUUCUACCGAUGUGCACUUCAGGUAGAUGAAAGGCACUACAAUGCCUGGUAUGGGCUUGGAGUAGUUUACCUUCGCCAGGAAAAGUUUGAGUUUGCUGAGCAUCAUUUUAGAAGGGCAUUUCAGAUAAAUCCCCGUUCUUCUGUUCUUAUGUGCUAUCUUGGGAUGGCCUUACAUGCUCUAAAGAGAGAUGAGGAUGCAUUGGAGAUGAUGGAGAAAGCCAUAUUUUCUGAUAAGAAGAAUCCACUUCCUAAGUAUCAGAAGGCUUUAAUUCUGGUAGGACUUCAAAAAUAUCAGGAGGCUCUGGAUGAGUUGGAACAGCUAAGGGAGAUUGCACCUCAUGAGAGUAGUAUGUAUGCACUUAUGGGCAAGAUAUACAAGCAACUCAAUAUUCUCGACAAGGCUGUAUUUUGCUUUGGCGUUGCCCUUGAUUUGAAACCUCCCGCUGCCGACCUUGCUAUAAUCAAGUCUGCAAUGGAGAAAGUACACCUUCCAGAUGAACUGAUGGAGGAUGAUGACCUGUAAGUUCACUUUAAAGCACAAACUGAGAAAUGGACAUUUAUUCAGAUCUAUGAGUUUCUGCUUGUGCUUCGGAGUCAUGGCCUGAAUGUGCUUUCUGAGAGGAACUCAGAGGUUGAAGGAAGCAAGCACAUCAUGUGGAACCAGAAUUUACAGCAACUAUGGAUUCUCUUGGGGCAUUAGUGUACCAUUAACCACCCAGUUUUGUAGCAUUAGCUGUAACCUGUACACUGACAGCACAAACACAACAUGUGUAGUAGUUUAGGUGUACAAGCUGAGUAUUGGCAGCGAGGCCUGUAUCAUUGUACAAUUGUACGAGUAUCAAAAGAAAUCGUCGAGAAAUAUGAAAACGAUGCCGGGGCAAGAUCAUGGGGAAUCAAACAGAUUGUGAAUUGUACAGUACCAGUAUUCUUCUCUGGUGCUGUAUUCGAGGGUUUGAAGCAUUUCUGUACAAGUAGGUGGGAUGAUGCUCUGCGUGUCCGCCUUGUUCCAUUGCAUGUAGUGGGGAGAUGAUGGAACGUAUGCGUGGCUUUGCAUCCAACCCAAGUGAAAAGUGUAACAUCUCGUUAUGUUACCAUACUGAUCUAUUGCUUGUAGUCCGGCAUCACAUUGGUAAACAUUGACAGAUCAAGAAGAAUUCUACCGCAGUAGGCAAUAUUUAGAAAUUUUAAGUGUAAUUUAGCAUACUGUACUGUAUCCCUGUUUAUUACAUGAACUGGAAUGAUCGGGUAAGAUCUACUUUUGGUUCCCAAAAUAUGUCUGCUUAUCUGGUGCA